AAGACGAGAGAACCAAAAAAAAUGGAGUUUGCUCUCGUUUGGUUGUGUCUAUGUUCAGUAUUAUAUGUCUUCGACAUGUUUCACUCCAAAAUUUGAAGGUGUUUAUCUUCAACCUCUAAAAUUCAGUGUAAGUUUAUCGACAGAGGGAAAAACACACGUCUCGCGCUGAUAGCCGACGGAGUCCCGAUUCGGUUUAUACCGUAAAAACCGUCUUAUCUCUUCGAGUCUGACGCACGUAUUGCAUAUUUCCUCUAACCAAAUGGAUCAUACAUGCUGCAGCCAGACAGUAUUUUAAAUCUUUUUAAUGGUGCUGAACAUCAUGCAAAUUAGAGUCAAAGCGUCUAACAACAAACUCUAUUAAAAUUGGAACAAACACUAUUUCGUAUGUAAAAAUGUAUGAAAAUGACCUUUACGUGCAUUUACCUUCCACUACAUCUCGGCGUGUGUAGUAACACACAUAUCACACGUAUUUACAUGUACAGUGAAUAAGUGCUGAGAGAAAACUGAACACGUACCAUUCUUUGUUGCCAGGGUAACAAGCUAAGAAACAAACGAGAUGCAUCGAUAAUUGCAUUGAGUUCCUGUGCCUUAUUCAUGUUCCCACCAACCAUCAUCAGGCCACUCCAUGGCUGCCUCAAGCGGCGCCUAUCAAGGCUCGAGAAAGGAGCAGAAUCGUUGUACACCAAAAGUAGACAUCAUGUUCAUGAAAACCCACAAAACAGCAAGCAGCACCAUCCUGAACAUCCUGUUCCGCUUUGGCGAAAAGCACCACCUAAAGUUCGCCUUCCCGAGCAGCCGCAACGACUUCUUCUACCCCUCGCUGUUCUACCGCUCGCAGGUGAAGGACUACAGUCCCGGGAUGUGCUUCAAUAUCAUGUGCAAUCACAUGCGCUUCAACGAAGCCGAAGUAGCCAAGGUGCUCCCGGCGGACACUGUCUACUUCACCAUCCUGAGGGAUCCAGCAGAGCUCUUCGAGUCGUCCUUUCAUUACUUCGGCCGCUUGGUACCUUUUACCUGGAAAAUCUCCAGGGACGAUAAGAUGGACGAGUUCCUUAGUAACCCUGAGCUUUAUUACGAUCCAAAAGGGUUCAAUUCCUACUACCUCAAGAACUUGCUUUUCUUUGACUUUGGGCAGGAUAAUAAUUUAUCGUUGGACGACCCGAGAGUGGAAGAAGGCAUCCGUGCAAUUUCAAGACGCUUCGACUUGGUCAUGCUGGUGGAGCACUUCGAGGAAUCGCUCAUCCUGUUGAAGGACGCCCUCUGCUGGGACAUGGAAGACCUGCUGUUCUUCAAACUCAACGCCAGGAAGGGGUCCACUGUCUCCAAGCUGAACCACAAGCUCAGAGCCAAAGCCUUGCAGUGGAACGCUAUUGACUGGAAGCUCUAUCAACACUUUAACGCCACCUUCUGGAAGAAAGUAGAGGCGUACGGUCCAGAGCGCAUGGCGGCCGACGUGGCAGAGCUGCGGCGCCGGAAUGCAGACAUGACCAACAUCUGCAUCGAAGGUGGCCAUGCGGUGGACGCCGGGAGCAUCCAUGAUACUUCCAUGCAGCCGUGGCAACCUAUAGGGGAGAAGUCUAUUAUGGGAUACAAUCUGAAUAAGAAUGUAGACACAGCACAUCAAAAACUGUGUAGGAAGAUGUUGACACCUGAGCUGCAGUACCUGACAGACUUAGGAGUCAAUUUGUGGAUCACUAAACUGUGGGGUCACGUGAGGGACAUCCUUCACUGGUAGAAUCGAAAAAUUAGCCGGGCAACCUCUGAUCUCCACCCAAAUGACCUCUGUGAACCAAACCAAAAUCUCACUCUAAGUGAAUACAGUUUUGAAAGUCAUAUAAGUGAUAAACAGACUCGAUGGUCAUGGGAUUUAAAUUAAUUUAAUUUAAUGUCAUUUUGAAUGUUCGGCUUUGUUUUUCACUGAAGUCAUUUUACUGCGGUUUAUAAAAUUGUUAACUGGUGCUUGCGUCAAUCAUUAAAAAAAACAAAAAAAACAAAUCAGCGACACCUCGUCUGCCGUUCUGAAAAGGUUUCUCUUUGCAUGCUGCCAAUGCCGUAUCAGUAAAGUCCUCUUAGUGAAGUUGACUGAAGUACAUGGAGGCACAGGGAUACUAUGUGUUCCUGUUUUAAUUGUUUUAUCACCUAAUAUGAUCCAUUCAGCUGACCAAAGAGCAAAACUGCGCUAUGUGCGAUAUAUCUUAGUCCAAAAGGAUUUAAGAGUCAGCUGUUAGAUAUGAGGCACACACAAAAUGUGAGAUUUAACUUUUAUGAAUAAAAUGAAAACUAACACAAA